AUGGGGGAGAAUCAAAAGGAAACUAGUUUCACGUUUGAGAUAGAUAACUUCUGGGAGAAAGGAGCUGCUGUGAUACGGUUUGUUAAGGUUUAUCCCAAAGGAUACGGUGAUUUUAAAGAUCACUUGUCUGUGCACUUCUGCGUUGCGAGACCUAGAUCACUCAAAGUUGGAUGGAAACGACGAGCUAAUCUUUCACUCCUUCUGUUAAAUCAAUCAGGCAAAGAGCUCUACAGAUCGCCAAACGAUUGCAACUUGUUCUGCGCUCAGUUCUCAAGAUGGGGUACUGAUUCAAGGUUCUUGCCUCUUAAAAAGCUUAGAGAAGAGGGGCUUCUGGAGAACAAACUGAUUGUUCAAGUCGAAAUAAAAUUAGUUGAAAUUGUUGAUCAAGAGGAUGCAACUGACAAGGACAUGUUAGAUGUCCAUGGUUUCCAACUUCUUGAUUCUCAGGUUACUUCAGCGAGUAGGCUUUUCGAGGAUCACCCGGACAUUGCAGUAAAUUUCAUACCAAAGAUCGCAUUGGUGAAGACAGCGUACGUGAGUGCCCUCCUCGGUCUUAUCAAGACACUGAACAAGCCUCCACAUAGCUUCACCGAGACUGAGCUAAAGAAAGCUAAGAGGGAGUUGAAUGAGCUAACAAGAGCGGGGUUUAAGCUAGACUGGUUGGACACAAAGCUUGAUGAGCUUUCUUUUGAUGACAAGGAUCAGAAAGCAAUUUCUUAUGUGGAUCCACUGGAUGACUGGAUCAAAUUUUUAUUUGUUGAUUACUCUUGGAAUGAGUGGAAAAUAUUACCACCCAUCCACGAAGUGCAAAACAAAGGGAUAAUUCUAGAGAUGAGCUUGGAAGAUCGAAACUGUGGAGAAGAUAAGUGUAGUUAG